AUGGGAACCGGCCACGUCACGCUCCAACACCUACUCAUCCUUUCCGCCGUGCUCCUCCUCGGCACGCCCGUGGAGGGCCUUGUCCGCAUCGCGCUGAAGAAGCUACCGGUCGGCCAGAACCUCCUCGUCGCUGGAGAGGAUGCUCAGACCUUCCUCGCGCAGCACCACGGCCUCGUCCAUAACGAGGAGGCCCAGCCAUUGCCAAAGAGAGAUAUCGUAAUACUAAAGAACUACCAGAACGCUCAGUACUACGGUGAGGUCGGCAUCGGAAUGCCGCCACAGAACUUCACCGUCAUCUUCGACACAGGCAGCUCCAACCUCUGGGUGCCCUCCUCCGAGUGCUACUCUUCGACUGCAUACCACUUGCACAAGAGUUACAAAGCCAGCCGGUCAAGCACGUACACGAAGAAAGGAAAAAGGGUAUCAAUUCACUACAAAACUGGUGCAAUUGCUGGUUAUAUUAGCCAAGACAAUGUGCAAGUUGGUGGUCUAGUUGUGAAAAAUCAGAAUUUUAUUGAAGCUUCGUUGGAACCAAGUAUAACUUUCAUGCUUGGAAAAUUUGAUGGCAUUGUUGGUCUUGGGUUUAAAGAAAUGUCAUUCUGGGGUGCCGAACCUGUUUGGUAUAACAUGGUUAGCCAAGGUCUGGUUGGUAGCCCCGUUUUCUCAUUCUGGUUCAAUCGACAUGCUGGUCAAGUGAAGGGAGGAGAAAUAGUUUUUGGAGGAGUUGAUCCUAAUCAUUACAAGGGAAGACAUACUUAUGUUCCUGUUACUAAGAAGGGAUACUGGAAGUUUGACAUGGGCGACGUCUUGAUUGGAGGAAACUCCACAGGAUUAUGUAAAUCUGGUUGUGCAGCAAUAGUAGACUCGGGAACUUCAUUUCUUACUGGCCCCACGGCGAUAAUUACUGAAAUAAAUUGGAGAAUUGGUAUACCUAGGAGAGUGAGCAAAGCGUGCAAGAACGUUGUUUCAAAGUUUGGGCGGCAGAUCCUGGAUUUGCUGCUAAAGCGGAUAUUGCCAAGAAGGAUAUGUGACAUACUUCAUUUAUGUUUCUUUGUUGGACCUCAUGGUGUAAGUGACGACAACGCCGGUAUUCAAAGUUUAGAAGAUGAAGUUAGGACAUCAAAUGGUUUUAUUGUGUGCAAAGCUUGUGAAUGGAUUGUUCAAUGGGCGGUGAAGCAUGUUGCAGAUAAUCAGACUGAGGAUUCUAUGUUGCAUACCAUUAACGAGAUGUGUGACCAUAUUCCUAUCCCUGCGGGAGAAUCAUUCGUGGAUUGUGGAGAACUUAAAUUCAUGCCUGACGUCGCCUUCUCCAUCGGGACCAAACAGUUUGUGCUCAAACCCGAACAAUACAUAGUGAAGAUUGGUGAGGGUGAUGAUACCCGGUGCAUGAGUGGAUUCUCAGCUAUGGACGCUCCUCCUUCCGGUGGCCAUCUUUGGAUCUUGGGUGAUAUAUUCAUGGAAGCCUAUCACACGGUCUUUGACUAUGGAAAUAUGAAGAUUGGUUUCGCCGAGACAGCAUAG